UGGCGAAGAGGGUGCUAAACGUGAAACUAAACUUGGGUUGAAACUGACCAAGACACCAUCAUUGGUGAAUUUGCUAAGUAAUGCUCUUCCAAGAGAUAAUAAUUUACCUGAUUCUUCGGAAAAGCUCAAGGCUGCUAAUUUUCCUGCUAUGUCUCUCCAUAUUGGCACUUGGAUGAGAGUCUCAAGGCAUGAAGGAGAAUUAAUAGCCAAGUGCUACUUCAAAAAAAGGCAAUUAGUUUGGGAAGUUUUAAAUGGCAACUUGAAGAGCAAGAUUGAGUUUCAAUGGUCUAACAUUGCAGCCAUUAACGCUACGUUUGAUGUUGAUGGAGGUCAAGCAGUUCUUGAUGUCAUGGUUAGUUUUCAACUCAUCUACCAGACACUCUUGAAUGUUUUCAAUCACUCAACAAUUUUGGAAAAUCCUCCCUUGUUCUUCCGCGAAAUCAAGCCACAACCUAGGAAGCAUACGAAUUGGGAACAAUCUGAAGAUUUCACAGAUAAACAAGCUUCUUUGAUAAGGUAUAUAUACAUACCUCAAAUUAAUUUAUCAUCUCACUGA